AUGUCUGGUCGUGGAAAAGGAGGCAAAGCGAACACUGGAGGCAAAUCGAAGUCCCGAUCGGCGCGUGCCGGACUGCAAUUCCCCGUCGGUCGCCUCCAUCGUAUGCUUCGCAAAGGCAACUAUGCUGGUCGUAUCGGAGGUGGAGCGCCAGUUUAUCCGGCCGCCGUACUCGAGUACCUCGCCGCCGAGGUGCUAGAAUUGGCUGGCAAUGCCGCUCGUGACAACAAGAAGACUCGCAUCAACCCUCGCCACCUACAACUCGCUGUGCGCAACGAUGAGGAGUUGAACAAACUGCUCUCAAGUGUGACGAUCGCUCAAGGAGGAGUUCUUCCCAACAUCCAAGCCGUCCUUCUGCCCAAAAAGACUGGUGGAGAAAAGGAAUAA